AUGGCAAUCUCGCCACAUUCUAUCCACCGCUGUUCUGAAGUGGUCCCAAUUUCCUCCAUGCAAUUGCAUGAUGUGAUCUUCGAGCACGAGACAGUUUACACAAUUACUAUCAGCGAUAUUGACACCCUCGCGGAAGGUAUUCACCGAAGACUGCGAGAUCUGGGUUUUCCUAUCGAAGGCAGGUGUGUCGAAGCUCUUCUUUUCAGCUGUGAAACGAAGCGGGUUCAUAUGCAAAAGCGGGCUGGCACUGGCACCUCACGGCCUUUCGUAUUGGAAGUUCCAGGAGGUGCUGUCGAGCAAGAUGACAAUACUCUCCAGCUUGCUUCGCUUCGUGAGCUUUUAGAGGAGAGCGGGAUAUGCAUUCUAGGCGCAAAACCUCUCGGUCAUGUCUAUUUCUACUUUUGGAACCACAAAAACUGCACUACUGGCCCAAACAAAUGGUUGAUCAAGUUUGCGCUCGCAUAUGCUGUCUCUGGGCUUGAUGUAUGGCUAUUCAACGACCGUAACUGGGACAUUGAACUCAAAAUGCCGAAGGGAAACUCAUCGAUUAUUUUCAAUCGAGAUGAAGUUAGCGAUGUUCUAUCAAUCAACGAGGAUGCACUGAAGGAGAUGAUUUUGUGGGAUCCAAAGUAUCCAGCAAUUGCUAAACACCCCAAGCGUCUUGUCAUCCAGCGUGAAACACUAUCAAUCCUGGAGCACAUAUUCCACUCUCUGCGCUGUUGGGAAAGGCCGCAAAAUGACGUCAAUCGGGUUCUUUACGUUGAAAAAGCAUCGGACUCGGAUAUUCAACUUAAAAUGCGCGGACAAAGCCUAUCCCUCGCGCGUUUGCAGCAAGAAGGCCUAGCAGAGAUGAUUCAAGGAGUCAUAAAGAGGAACUUUGGUGCCCAUCUAACUUGUAUAUAA